CAGCCCGAUCAUUUUAUUGCUAGCUGUUCUGCAGCACAUUUUCUUCUCUUUGGGACUCUGAGGCUUCGUUCUCUACAUUCGAGUACAAUCGGCGGGGGUUUUUGGAUCUGUUGCUCUUUUAACGUGUUGUACUGCUGUGUUGCGGCCGGAUUUCUUCCUGUAGUUGAGGUUAUUGUAUGGCAGUGAGAUUACUGUAUGGUGAAAUAUCAGAUUUGUGUGUAGGGAAGCCGAAAUUGGGCUGGAUCUCGGCGAGCGCCUCCAUUUCUGAAGCCUUGUCGGCUUUGAAGGCGUCUGGAGAUACUCAAUUGAGCGUAUGGGAAUGUACCGGUGAGAGCGCCAAUGGUCGUUGGAUUUGCGUAGGCAAAUUUAGUGUUGCGGAUGUGAUUCUGUAUCUUUGCAGAGAGAUAAAUUUGGCCGAUCCUUUCAAGGCUUUUGAGGCUCCUGUUUCUGAUAUUUUGCCUAAAGCCGAGUUUCCUAUCGUCAGGCAUUUAGAAGCUGAUUCCAGCUUGUUGGAGGCAAUAGAAUGCAUACUCGAGGGCACUCAAAACUUGGUGAUCCCAAUCACAAACCACCGGACAACCGAUGCAAGAAAGAAAUCUUUCAUCAGGAAAAAGGUUUUGAAAUGCGACUGCCUCAACCGCCAUCUACAUUGUUGUUGGUUAACACAAGAGGAUAUGGUGCGCUACCUCCUCAAUUCCAUUGGAGUCUUCUCUCCAAUCCCCACUUUAACCGUAGAGUCCCUUGACGCCAUUGAUUCUGAUAUUAUCACCCUGCCUUACUACAAAGCUGCAUCCUCAGCAUUGGCCCAGUUCUCCCGUGCCCUCGCCCAACAGAAGCCUAUUGCAGUAGUAGACGACGAGAAUCGAUUGAUAGGCGAAAUCUCACCUGUAGCACUGGCUCGCUGCAACAUAACGACAGCAGCUGCCAUUAUGACUCUCUCUGUGGCGGAUCUCAUGGCUUACAUAGAAUACAGCGAACCACCGGAGGAUUUGGUCCAGCUAAUUAAGAUGAGGCUAGAGGGGAAGAAUUUAGUGGGAAUGAUGGAACUAAUGGAUGAGUUUUUCCAUACUUCAAAAGCGCCUUCUUCGUACUCUCCUUGUUCUUCAGACGACGAGUCACUGUCCAGCUCCAUUGACAUAUCAAAGAACGGUGGUUGGGGACGACACUCUUCAACAACAAGAUGGGAGGUUGUUGUAUGCGGCCCCGGAAGCUCACUGGUUGCUGUGAUGUUCCAGGCACUUGCAAACCAAGUACCCUGUGUGUGGGUUGUGGAAGAAGAUCAAACCUUGGUUGGGGCUGUCACACUUGCAGGAAUCCUCGAAGCCCUCAGCAAUGUUGCUCCAUGAUUGCUGCUCUGACAAUGAAUCAAAAGUCUUUAAUUUGUUCAAGCACAGCAGUGCAGCCCAGGUUAGUUUGCUCCUCAAUGCUAAUCUUGCAAAGUUAUUGCUUGUUCAUAAAGAACUUAAAUGUUAAUGCAAUUUUCCUUCCAUAGUCUAUUUUAAGAAAUAAUUUAUGUGUACCAUAGUAUUUGGAUGUCAACUGUGUAAGAGCUUUUGCUAUAUGAAUAUAUUUAUUUUUUGCUA